CGCGCAUCCCGGGUCCCAGCUCAGACCCCGCGUCCCCCGGUGCAGUUCGCUGGGCAGCCUUGGGGCGCGCAGCCCAUGGAGUCGGGGCUGCUGCGACCCGCGCCGGUCAGCGAGAUCAUCGUCCUGCAUUACAAUUACACCGGCAAGCUCCGAGGGGCCCGCUACCAGCCGGGCGCGGGGCUGCGCGCCGAUGCCGUGGUGUGCCUGGCCGUGUGCGCCUUCAUCGUGCUGGAGAACCUGGCGGUGCUCUUGGUCCUGGGCCGACACCCGCGUUUCCACGCGCCCAUGUUCCUCCUCCUGGGUAGCCUCACGCUGUCCGACCUGCUGGCCGGUGCCGCUUAUGCCGCCAACAUCCUGCUCUCUGGGCCCCUGACUUUGCGCCUGUCGCCCGCGCUCUGGUUCGCACGCGAGGGUGGCGUCUUCGUGGCGCUCGCCGCGUCCGUGCUGAGCCUCCUGGCCAUCGCCCUGGAGCGCCGCUUCACCAUGGCACGCCGGGGACCCGCGCCCGUCGCCCGUCGGGGGCGCACGCUGGCCUUGGCCGUCGCCGCCUGGGGGGUGUCCCUCCUGCUGGGCCUGCUGCCCGCACUGGGCUGGAAUUGCCUGGGUCGCCUGGAGACUUGUUCCACGGUGCUGCCGCUCUACGCCAAGGCCUACGUGCUCUUCUGCGUCCUGAUCUUCGUGGGCAUCCUGGCAGCCAUCUGUGCCCUCUACGCGCACAUCUACUGCCAGGUGCGUGCCAACGCGCAGCGCUUGCGGGCGCGCUCCGGAGUGGGCGGCAGCAGCAUCUCCAACAGGUCCCGCCGCGCGUCGCGCUCCCUUGCGCUUUUACGCACGUUCACCGUUGUGCUCCUGGCUUUCGUGGCCUGCUGGGGACCCCUGUUCCUGCUGCUCCUGCUGGACGUGGCGUGCCCGGCUCGGGCCUGCCCAGUGCUCCUGCAGGCGGACCCCUUCCUGGGUCUGGCCAUGGCCAACUCUCUCCUGAACCCCAUCAUCUACACCCUUACCAACCGCGACCUGCGUCACGCGCUCCAGCGCCUCUUUUGCUGCGGCCGUCGGCCCUGUUGUAAAAGUCCCAGUGUCUCCCGGCGGCCCAGCGUGGCUGCUGGGGGUUCCCGGGGUCUGCAGUCCUGGCUGCCCCCCGGCCUGGAAGGUAGCUCCAGCCGCUCCGAGCACUCAUCGCCCCUAAGGGACCGGCUGGACACCAGCGGCGACACCAGCGGAGACCCUACAGUGCCCACCACUACCCGGACACUGGUUCCUGCACCAGCAGCAGACUGAGACCCCUCACUCGCCUCCCACCCGCACUUUUAACUCUUAGGAGGAGUUUUGGGAAAUUUUUUCUUCAAAAAACAUUUUUUUUUUUUGAGAGGCUGGAGGGAGUCCAGCGAGGAGGGCCUUUGCUUUGCACACUGCCGACCUGGGUUCCAGCCCCGGCAUCCCUUAGGGUCCCCUGAGCCUGCCAGAAGUAAUUUCUGAGCACAGAGCCAGGAAUAACCCCAGAGCACCGCCUGGUGUGGCCCAAAAACAAAACAAUUUUUUUAAAGGGGCUGGAACCAUAGCACAAUGGGGAGGGUGUUUGCCUUGCAUGAGGUUGAUCCCGGUUCAAUCCCAGAAUCCCACACGUGUCCCCUGAGCCCACCAGGAGACAGCCAUGAGCACAGAGCCAGGAGACAGCCAUGAGCACCAUAGACUGUGGUCCUCAAAACAAUAAAAGAAAUAUAAUAAAAAUUUAAAAA